AUGGCUUCUACUUCAAAAACUAGUUCACAGCCGCCGGCUACGGGUGUCAUUGUCCCUAAAAUGGAGCAAUCUCCUCAAGGUACAUCCCCGGCCGAAGUUCCUGACAAGGGCAAUUCGAGCGCUGAAGCCUGGACCUCGGAGAUGCAGUAUGUAUCGUCGCUGGCGAAGUUGCAGAAGAUGGAGGCGACGAUCCAUCAACUCCGAACUCUACUCCCUGGGCGUCUCAUGGAGCCUAUAGUCCCCAUUGUCAACCCCAAGGCGGCUUCGAGGAGGCCACUGCCGAAGUCGCCGCGCGUGCUCUCUGAACAGCUCUCGCAGACGGCACGUGCGGGGGUCGCUGAGGUCCAGGAGUUCCAGUCUAUGUGGCGGAGCCCUGAGAUGAAAGCGAUAUGGGACCAUGUGGACGCUCGGAUCAAGCAGAACGGGGGCCAACUGCUGCAGCCGACGGGGAUGUGGGAGCGGGACUAUGAUGUUCUUCUUGAGGAGCUUGAGAAGGAGCAACGGACGGAGAAGGAGCAGCAGCAGAGGGUCAAGGAGGAGGAGGAACGCGCGAAGAUUCAAGCGGUCGACGGGGGCUGGAGGACGAUCGUGGAGACAUUCAUACGACGAAGCCCGCCGGGUGUUCGGGUCAUGCCCCAUCAGGACCAGCCCAGGAUCACCGUUGUUCUCGUCAAGGUCGGCAUGGCGUUCCAGCUGCAGGCGGUCAAUGGAGAUGGACAGGCUGUGAUCGAUUGGCGGGUUCAGGACCAAGCAGCUCCUGGGAAACCGAAGACGAAGCUUGAGACGGCGGUUGCAGCUUGCCUGAAUGCUCGUCCGCGGCAAUGGGAUCUCGCGUAUCUACUGGACAUGAUCUCCUCCUACUCCGACAUCAAACAGACACCCUGCGCGAAAUGCGGCAAAAUGACCGACAACGCCGCACAACUCCCCACCCUCCGCAAACCCAACCCUAUCCAAUCCUCUCAAGGACAGCCAGUCGUCUGGGAAGCCUACCACGCAGCCUGCAUUUGA